AUGAGGACGACAUUGAGCAAAUUUCGACGUCUGAAGAGGACGGCCGCACGACUGGCUCCGCAAGAUGAAGGCAAGAAUGAGAGGGAAAUCGACAUUCACCAUGCUGGUGAGGAUGAUGCUGCCAAUGACUUCGGCGACGAAGAGCCGGACGAUUAUUUCAUCCCCUCCAACGUGGAAGAUGAUGGAGAAGAAGAAGACGAAAGCGAAGAAUACGAUGAGAUCAUCGACGUUGUUUUGUCAGAACAUGAGUCUCAGACCGAAGGCAAGGGCCGUGCAAAGCGAAGUGCCACUAUCAAGGCAGAGGCCUCUCGAGGGAAGCGACAACGUCUAGAUGUACCCAAGACCGCCGCCCAAGUCUUGGCCAAGAUCAACAGACAGUAUCCCGUGGCACGUGAAGAUCCUGAUGUUGCAAGAUUUCGGCAACGAAUGGCUGCUCUGGUCGAAGCAUUGCACGAAAAGAUCAAAGAAGAGGGCCAAUAA